GUCCGUCCCCGAGGGCGCGUCCCAAAACCCGGAUAAGCGGAGCGCGCCCCAUGGCCCACACGGAGGGCUUGCCCGCGGAGGCGCGGCGUGCGCAUGCUCCGACGCCGGGGAAGUUUGGUGAGCGGCCUCCACCUAAACGACUCACUAGGGAAGCUAUGCGAAAUUAUUUAAAAGAACGAGGGGAUCAAACAGUACUCAUUCUUCAUGCGAAAGUUGCACAGAAGUCAUAUGGAAAUGAAAAACGAUUUUUUUGCCCUCCUCCUUGUGUGUAUCUUAUGGGCAGUGGUUGGAAGAAAAAAAAAGAACAAAUGGAACGAGAUGGUUGUUCUGAACAAGAGUCUCAACCCUGUGCAUUUAUUGGAAUAGGAAAUAGUGACCAAGAAAUGCAACAGCUGAACUUGGAAGGAAAGAACUACUGCACAGCCAAAACAUUGUACAUAUCUGAUUCAGAUAAGAGAAAACACUUCAUGUUAUCUGUAAAGAUGUUCUAUGGCAAUAGUGAUGACAUUGGUGUGUUCCUCAGCAAGCGGAUAAAAGUCAUCUCCAAACCUUCCAAAAAGAAGCAGUCAUUGAAAAAUGCUGACUUGUGCAUUGCCUCAGGAACAAAGGUGGCUUUGUUUAACCGACUUCGCUCCCAGACGGUUAGUACCAGAUACCUGCAUGUAGAAGGAGGAAAUUUCCAUGCAAGUUCACAACAGUGGGGAGCCUUUUACAUUCAUCUACUGGAUGAUGAUGAAUCAGAAGGAGAAGAAUUCACAGUUAGAGAUGGUUACAUCCAUUAUGGACAGACUGUCAAACUUGUGUGCUCAGUUACUGGCAUGGCACUCCCAAGAUUGAUAAUUAGGAAAGUUGAUAAGCAGACAGCAUUACUGGAUGCAGACGACCCUGUAUCACAACUCCACAAAUGUGCAUUUUACCUUAAGGAUACAGAAAGAAUGUACUUGUGCCUUUCUCAAGAAAGAAUAAUCCAGUUUCAGGCCACUCCAUGUCCGAAAGAACCAAAUAAAGAAAUGAUAAAUGAUGGAGCUUCCUGGACAAUCAUUAGCACAGAUAAGGCAGAAUAUACGUUCUACGAGGGAAUGGGCCCUGUCCUUGCCCCAGUCACUCCCGUGCCUGUCGUAGAGAGUCUUCAGUUGAAUGGCGGCGGGGACGUAGCGAUGCUUGAACUCACGGGACAGAACUUUACUCCAAACUUACGAGUGUGGUUUGGGGAUGUAGAAGCCGAAACAAUGUACAGAUGUGGAGAGAGCAUGCUCUGUGUGGUCCCUGACAUUUCUGCAUUCCGAGAAGGUUGGAGAUGGGUCCGGCAGCCAGUCCAGGUUCCAGUAACUUUGGUCCGUAAUGAUGGAAUAAUUUAUUCCACCAGCCUUACCUUUACCUACACACCAGAACCAGGGCCGAGGCCACACUGCAGUGCAGCAGGAGCAAUUCUCAGAGCCAACUCAAGCCAAGUGCCCAGCAACGAAUCAAACACAAACAGCGAGGGAAGUUACACAAACGCCAGCACAAAUUCCACCAGUGUCACGUCAUCCACAGCAACCGUGGUGUCCUAACUACCGUCUUUUUGCUGGGACCUAAACUGACUUGAAUGCGGCAAAAAGUUGACAAAAAAAACCAAACAAAAAACAAAACACGAAAAAGAAAAGGCAAGGAUAAGAUGAACAAUCAUCUGUGGUUUCUCGGGAAAACUUUUCAUACCAGGUGAUCUAUUCAAAAGCCCGUUACCUGCAAAUACUGAUGUGAAAUGCAGAAGCCACAUAAAUGAAAAACAUCAAAAUGUACAAACUGUUGGAAAUGAAGGUUUUCAGCUGUCUCUCACACACACCCCUUUUUGGUUGUUUUUAUUUUUAUUUUUAUUUUUAUUUUUUGGUUUGGCUUUGAUUAAACGGUCAAGAAAUAGCUAUGUGGCUGGAGUACAGGUUAGGCUAGAUGACACACAUCUAACAUAGUUUUUAUGGACCAAGGGACUUGCAUAAGCUUUAGUAAAAGGUACAUUUCACCAUGCCUUUUUUAUACCACAGUGUGUAGUACACCAUGUUACCAAAUAGGUUACGCUCCCUACCCUUUGAGCGAAGUACAUUCAGGUUCGAGCCUGACCAUGCUUGUUCAAUCUGAGUACUGAACACUUCCAGGUUCUUUUGGUCUAAGGCUGGAACUUUUUUUAAGCUGAAGUCUUAUGACUUUUUCAUACGUUGGAAUUAUUUUGAUUUCAGCAAGUCAAAUUUUGUAAAGGCCUGCAUAUUUUUUUUAAGAUUAUAUGAAGUCUGCAAAAGCUUUAAAAAUGCCUCUGCCUUGCCUACAAUACAUGCAAUGUAUGUUAACUUAGUCUAUUCUCAGAUACUGUUGGUAGUUAUUUCUGUGUUUUUCUUUUUUUAAAAAAAAUGUAUUUAUAGUGGUAAUCUAAGAGAUUAACAUUUAUGUGGAGUUCGGUGUGUCCAUUUAGUCAUGUCUGAGUUAAUGGCACCGAACAUCACCAUUCAAAGGGUGUGCGCCUCUGCCUGUUUAUCAGUUCAUCUGUGUUCCAGGAUUUGUUCAGGUUUCCCUCCUCCCCCAAAUCUUGUACAUAACUUGUAUUAUGUGUAAGUUAAACAUUUUAUCUUUAACUUGGAAUGUUCCCAGUGAUUACAUUUAACAGGGUGUUUCCCACCUUGUUGGCAAAUGACUAAAAAAUAUCAUGAGAAUUAUUUGCUACCAAGAUGGUGCCCUUAGGGUACAAUGAGGAAAGUCUCUGCAGGAUGAUUUAUUGUACUUCUUUGUCCUUUUUUUUAGCCUAGGCCAGAACACCAUUAUAAUUUUAAACAUAAGACCAUAAAAUGGCUUUUAUUAGAUGAUAACUAAAUAAACUGAACUAAAUAAAAUAGCCAGAAGACAGUACCUUAGAAGCAGAUAGUUGUAAGUUUAUAAAACUACAAAUGUAAGUUAUAUUUCCAUUUUUCUCUUUGCCCUUUGUUUUUCCCCAGAGAUGUUCUGUCCAGUUUUCUUUUCUUGCCAGUUAAGCUUUGGUUGCAACCAGGCCUCUGUGUCAGCCUGGGAUGCCAACAUUGCCAGUUUUCUUUUUUGCUUCCAUUCCUGCACUUUGGAAAUGUCUUGUUCAGUUCCUUAGGAAUUGCAGCAGAUUCAUUGGGCUACAUUUACUACAAGAACACGCGUGAUGUUAAAAGACACAGUCUAGUGAUGCCAUCAUCCUUCAUAUAGUAAAAACUACCUCUAGAUUGUGGUAAGCUUUUACUGUCCCUUAAAACAGGAGCCAGUAGUACCUUAUGAAUGCAAACUGUAACUUUUAUCGCAUUUUUGGUGUAUUUCUGGCUCCCUGGGCUUAUGAAAGUUUUCACGUAGCCUCUUAAUUCUUUGUUAGGAGCAUUGCUUUCCAGAUUUGCUGAUUUCACUUACCGUUUUAUAGACUGUGCCACUGUAAAUGCCUCUCUGAACAUCUUUAAACUGCCUCCUCCUUGGUUUGUCAAGGGGAAGGCCAUCUGUAAAAUGCGUGGCGGUGCCAGGCUUCUCAAUCCCCCAGGCUAUGUUGAGAUCAGCUGCAGUCAGUCUCCUUCCCUGCCCCACACCUCCGGUCUGCUUCAGCGGUCAAGGGCAGAGCUCACUGUGGCCUUACCUUACCUAUCUUUGCAGUAACUGUUCUCAGCUUUCUUCUUUCCCAGAGCCACUCUCCAGUUGUGGUGGAAGCAGGAUACUGCUAUCUGUUCAGAGCCUUCGUGGUUCCCAGUGCCCCUGGGCUCUCCAACGUCCUAGAUUUGGGAUUAGUUAAGAAAUCAUUAAGUUAACUGAGAUUUGAAGAACAAACUAUUCCUUACCCAGCUUUGUAGCUUAAAGUAACUUUUCAAGUUCAUGGCUUUAUUAAAACGAACUUUGACUUUUUAAAGUGUUUAUAUCUUAUUUCGGUUUUUUCGUUUAUUUUAAUAAGAAUUGAAACAAUUAGACUAUAAGUCAUUUUCCUGUUUUCUUUUCUUUCUUUCUUUCUUUUUUUUUUUUUUUUUUACAAAGUCUAAGAAUGUAACAAUAAAGGCAUUUUUCCAUGGUUCUCUGUCAGACUCCUACCAUGGAAUAGAGUGAAUUGAUAUGUCUGUUUUACCAUGUUAUUGAUAGUUUUUUUUUUUUUUGUCGGCUGCUUUUAUUAAAAGUCCUUUUUAUGGAUUUGUAAAUCAUUUUCAAUAUAUGAUGUACAUGGGUCUUGUCCCUGUUGCUGUAGAGUGUUCUCUCGCUGAUGAUACUGUUGCAGAUGCUGGUUCCUUAUCCUCAUGAAGACUUAUUAGAACAGGGAGUUCUUCAGUUGCAGUAUGUGGGUGUGUUUUUCAGUUCUGCUUAGAACGAGUCUACACCACUUCUUAAACAUGUCUAGAUGCAGAACCUGAGACCCAGCAUGUUUUUUAGCUUACUGAAUUUAUCAAGAGCUUGGAAGGCAGGCUAAAAACUGAAAAUGUGGGAUGCCCUUUAUAUGGUUUAGAGCCAAACACUAGUGGAAUUUUGAACUUGCUGCUGACUGCUCUUAAACUGUGGCAACUUCCUCAUGUACAAUUGACUAGUAGAAUCAUCUGUCACCCUUACUGCCAUCAUCUUAACUUUAACAGUUUUGUAUCUUUCUUUUUUGUGUGGUGCUGGGGUCAAAUUGAAGGCCUCAAGCAUAUUUGCUAAGGCUUUUUGUUUGUUUUUUCAUGAGACAAGGGUCUCACCCAUGUAGCCCCUCAGGGCAUUCUUGAACUUUUCUGCCUUAGCCUCCAGGUGCUGGGAUGCCAAGUAUGAUGGGAUGCCAGCACUGCUUUUGUCUUCAGAGAAACUGAUCUGUGUGUCAUCUAACCACAGAGGAAUUCCAAUGCAAUUUUUAAUAAUUAAUCCAACUAGCUAUUUAAUCAGAAAAUCAUCUUUUUUUGAGGGGGGGAAGAUUCCUGUUUGAAAUAAAAUGCUAUUUGAUUAUUAACCAAGUUAAGGGACAUUGUUUUCCAAAGCAGCUGUGUUUCUGGUGAGUACUGAACAAAUGUCUGAUUUUCCCUGUCACUUUUGAUUUCUUUUUCAAGCACUGUAACUUGGGAUGGAUGUUUAGAAACAAUAAUAUAUUAGGGUUUCUACUUAACCCUUUCAGGACUGAGCUGGAUCGCCUUCUAUUCAUUUCUCCCUGUGUCGUGAUAAAUGUUUGCCAGCGUUCAGUACUGUGUUGGUCCAGAUGUAGUUUUAUGUAAAAGCUCAGUUUUAGCUUAUUUCUUGUACCUUGCAGCAUGCUCUACACAUUCAGUCCUUAAGGGGUUUCUUUACAAACUGUGCGUCUGUAAGGGUUAUUAGCAAUAAGAUAGAAAAUUGAGCAAGUUUAUAUCAUAAUUUUGUAGAAAAAGGAAUCUGCUCAAUUCCAUAUUUCAUCCAUGAAAAAUCUGCAAUACGGGCAGCUUCUAGGAAUAAAUAAAAAGGAAAUGUGUAAACCAUUGUAAAUGUCUUCUGUGGGAUGUGCCUGAUGCAUGUAUCAUCAUCUUUGAUUUAAGAAUUCCUCAUAAAAUUUAUAUUAAAUUCUACAUUACAGUUUGUGGACUUAGAAUCUUACCUUGCAGUUUACAUGACAUUGACGUAAUAAUUAUGCUGAAUUGGCUUCCUUUUCAGUGUUUCCUAAAAUGAUUUUCUUUUCUUUACUGUGUUAGUGGAGUUGUUAAUUGAAGGGUAAAUCUCCCAAGCCAACCCCAACAAAAUUGGAGACUGCUUUUUAGCAAUGGCUUGCUUUUCUAGUACAGGGUUGUCAUUUUGUAUAGAAUACCAAAGAACAAACGUAACAGUUUAUUUAUGCCUUUAGGGGACUUCCCAA